AUGAAAUAUUUCGCGUCUGUCGCUGGGCAUCGAGAUGGUUCGGCUGGCGUUGAAGACAGGGUCUUAGCUACCAACCCCAUCAUGGAGGCCAUUGGUAAUGCUAAAACAAUACGAAAUGACAACUCUUCUCGGUUCGGAAAAUUCAUCCAAAUUAACUUUGACGAAAAAUUCACGAUAUCUGGAGCGGAAAUAAAGACCUACUUACUUGAGAAAAGCCGAGUUGUUUUCCAGGCGCAACAAGAGCGAAAUUACCACAUUUUCUAUCAACUUUGUGCGGCACGCGACCAUCCCCUGCUAAAGGAUUUUGCUCUCGGUCCUAGCGAACUUUACUGGUACACUGCGCAAGGAGGAGAUAGUAAAAUCCCUGGUGUUAACGAUAAAGACGACUUUGAGGAAACAGUUAAGGCUCUUGGCUUGCUCGGAUUCGACAGAGAAAAGCAGAAGUCCGUGUUUCGGAUACUCAAAGGCAUUCUGCUUCUUGGGAAUAUAGAUUUCAAGGGCGAUGGGGAAAAUUCUUCAAUCUCGCCCAUGUGUGCUGCUGAACUGUCGCAGCUGUGCACCGACUACAAAAUCGAUGAAGCACAGUUGCGACUUUGGCUUACUGUUCGAGAGAUUCGAGCUGCUGGGGAAACCGUCAGAAAAGGUCUUCAACCACGUGAGGCUGUUCGAUCCCGUGAUGCACUUGCAAAGUUAAUCUAUGCACAGUUGUUUUCAUGGUUUGUCUGCCACUUCAACAACGCUUUGAUGGAAAAGGAAAGAAAGUUUUCUCGCCACAAGAGCUUUAUAGGAGUGCUUGAUAUUUACGGGUUUGAGACGUUUGAUGUGAAUAGUUUUGAACAGUUCUGCAUCAACUAUGCCAAUGAGAAGCUUCAGCAGCAGUUCAACCAGCACGUUUUCAAAUUGGAGCAGGAAGAAUAUGAGCGAGAAGAACUAUCUUGGGUUCGCAUUGACUUUCACGACAACCAGCUGGCUAUUGACCUAAUAGAAGGUAGACCUGGGCUAAUAGAGUAUCUGGAUGAGCAGUGCAAGGUCUCAUACACUGUGGAAGGAUUUAUGGAGAAAAAUAAGGACGCUGUCAGUAAGCAGCUGUUAGAGCUGGUUUCCUGUCUCGGCGGCUAA